CUCGGGAUCUCCCUGCAUUUUUCACAGGAGCUCCACAGGCGCGCUCGCAGUCUUCGCUCUCUCUCGCUCUCUCUCGCUCUCUCGCUCGGUAACCCGGAUCGCCGCGAGCUCUGCGCUCCUCCAGCGGACAUCUCUUCUCACUUCUCCACUUUUAAGAAAGACCUCCGAGACCCAGAGGAAGGCGAAGCCCCGGACCGUCUGAACGCACUCGUCUCGCUUUCAUCCGGCCGGUCCCUCCUGCUCGAGCCUCCAUCGCCAUGUCCGAGGUGCUGCCCUACAGCGAGGGGAAGAUGAGCGGCUACGGAGGGGACAACGAUGUCAGCCAGAUCUCGUUCAGCUGCAGGUUGCAGGACACGAACUCGUUCUUCGGAACAUCGCAGUCCAAAAGACCACCCAAACUCGGCCAGAUCGGCAGAGCCAAGCACGUGGUCAUCGAAGACGACCGAAUAGAUGAAGUCCUCAAAGGCAUGACAGACAAGUCCUCCCCGGGCGUUUAAAAGCGCAGAACGAUGCCUCGUCAACGUUUUUCUUUUCAGUCACCGGUUUGAAGCACUUGUCGACUGUGCAUGUGAGCAGUGAGAAGGAGCAGCCGAGAAGGUUUUUUAGGCGUCUCGAAGCUGGAGGAGAUGCUGAGGAAGACGAGAGGAAGGGGCGAAGAGAGUGAGACACUGAUGGGCUUUUAGCAGAGGGAUUUGCUGGCGAUUCUCCAACCCAAACCCAUCCCAAAAGCUGGCGUGCAGAAGGGUUACCAGCUCGUUUCUGUUCCGUCCUUUUUAUCAGUUCUGCACGAGCCAGUCUUCAUUCGGUCCGAGUUCACGGCUGGGUCUGACAUUUCAUCACGUUUGAAGUCUUUUGAAGCCCUGCAUAUCCAUGCCGAAGAGGAGCUGUCCGUUUCAGCACCACGACACAAUUUUGCUUGUCUUGUCAUCGUUUCCCAAAUACCAACAGUGCAACGUUCUUCGCUUGCAUGGAAAAGGCGAGUUACAUCGAGAUGACAGAAGAUCUGAAAAUUUGUCCUCCACGCAUCCAUUUCUGAAAAAUGUGCAUCAACCCAAACCCAAGCCAAACAGCAGGUUAGAGGAGGAUGACAACGAGUUGUUUUGGUGAGAUUUUCAUGGUAAGGCAGUGUUCAUAAGGCUACAUGGCACCUAUAUAUAGUAGCACUUCAUGACAGCUGACAUAACCCUACAUAAAUAAUUUAAGGUGUCAUUUCUCACAAAGGUGAUGAUAUUUUUCUGACAUUUGGUUGCCAUGACAUUUAUGACAGACGUUCUGUUGAAAUUAGCCCUUCGAAAUGUUUUAUGUAGGUCUAUAUCAGUAGCCAUGACAGGCCUAUGUAGGUGUCAUGUAGCCUUAUGAACACCACCCUACAGUAAAGCGUCACCAUUCAUUUCCACAGCCAAUGCCAGCAAGGACGGUCUAAAGAAACGUGGAAUAAUAACAACAAUAAUCAUGGUGAAAAGGACAGAAGGAGAAUAUUUUGCUGUUUAUUUUGUUCCAUCUCUCUUUUUUAAACGAAUAUUUACGUUUGACGUCAUGUACAUAGUAAUAAUAUCUCUUUGGUCUCUUUGCAUGAACUUUAAGCUCCUGUGCCAAUGUGGGUGUUUCCACCUCUCUUAAAAAAACAAAAAACUAAAUGAAACAAACAAACAAACAAAAAGAACAAAAAACAGGCACGCUUCUUUUUACUGAAGUUCAUAUUUGUAUUUUUAUAACUAAAUAUUUGUUACUUAAGACGAUAUACUAGUUUACUGAUCAACAGACAGGGCGUGUGGCCGUUCAGCAUAAAAACGAUCUCAUAAACAGACAACGUGAAUGUUUUGGGGGGCUUUUGCACUCAUCAACACAUUAACCUUCUACUGCAUUUUUCAGUACUCGGCCACAGUCUCUGUUGACGAUGGAGUCGGUAGAAUCGGUUUAGUUUAUUAAACUUUUUUUUUCCCCAGCAACAGUCCGAUAGCACAAUGUUUUUGGAAAACUGAAGUUUUGAAUUUAUUAACUUAUCUAUUCUGUUUUAUAUUAUUCUUUUGAAAAGGUCUAUGUAUGGUUUGUUGUGCAUGAACCUUAAUGUUUCCCAAAUGAAUAAACAUUUUAUUAAGCAAAAAACACAAAAAUGUACACAAGAAUGAACCAUUGUGUACAAUGAUGGCAUAUCACUGUACUUGGUGAAUGAAUAAAUGGGGACAGAAGCUGUCAAGACUGUU